AUGUUGAUCAAAGUCCGUACCCUUACCGGAAAGGAGAUCGAGUUGGACAUCGAGCCUGAUUACAAGUCACCCACCUACGCUACUGAUACAUUCUUCGCGCAAUCGAUAGCUAACAAGUACAAUACGCAGGUUUCCCGGAUAAAGGAGCGUGUCGAAGAGAAAGAGGGUAUUCCUCCUGUUCAGCAGCGAUUGAUUUUCGGUGGAAAGCAGAUGGCCGACGACAAGACUGCUUCGGAAUAUAACCUGGAAGGUGGUGCCACGCUACACCUUGUUCUUGCCCUGCGUGGUGGAUGCUUGUGA